UCUCCGGCGAGCCAUGUCCGGCGGAGGUUGCAGCGUCCGCGCAGUCUGGAUCCUCACGCCGCACGACACGGUCGCGUUCUCCAGGCGGUUUGCGGUGGUGGAGAAGCGUUGGCGGGUCGCGUGGGAGGCUGAGGGGAAGGGGAAGGGCGCGGAGAUGCCGCUGCCGGAGGACUACGAGGUCGCCGCCGCCUUUGCCAACCGCCGGAGAAGGGAAGGCACGGCACGCGGUUCUGGUAUCCGCACAAGCGUAUCAUCUGUGGGAUCCGAUUCUUGGGUCGAUGAUCCAAUUGCUCGCCACAUUAUAUCCCUUCAGAUCAACAAAGAGGAAGGGUGUGGUUUUAUGCUGUGGCCGGUGGUUCUUCAGAAACGUGGAGGUUAUUAUGUCCUUGUGCUGCCUCUGGUGGAUCCACAGUCGUUUAGAGCGUUCGAAAGCUUAUUGAAAAGACCUGAUUGCGGGAGUUCAGCCAAGGAGAAUGGCAAUCUUUCUUCCAUUCUGCUCAAUCUUCCGUGCAUAACAGGGGCUUUUAUGGUUGCAAAUGUUAUUGGGGACAUAAUUACUGGUGAUGUUGCUGAACCGGAGGUGAUUGUUAGUUCGGGCCCCUCUGUUGGUGGACUUUUAGAUUCAUUGACUGGAAGUAUAGGUAUUUCAGCCCGACCAAAACCUAUCACUGCACCUGUUGCAGCCCAAGUUGCAUCAGUUUCCUCGCCCGUAGGUGCUGCUCAGUCAGACUCUCUAAAAGGUGGCAUAAGAACGUUUGACAAAGAUUUACUCCGGAACUUCAUUAUAGGUGCUAUGCCUUUUGGCACGCCUCAGGAUCUUAAUUAUGGCAAUGUUACUUCAGUUAGAACAACAGGAUUUUCAGCUGAUCCUCUUCCGACAGACCAGAAGCAACCUGCCUGGAAGCCUUACCUAUACAAAGGCAGGCAAAGGACUCUCUUCUCUAGCUUGGAGACUAUAAAUGCUGCACUCUAUGACCGUGAUGAUGUGCCAGAUUUCCUUUCUGUUUCCGGACAAGUGACCUGUAGGGCUGAACUGGAAGGGUUGCCAGAUGUUUCUUUGCCACUGACUGGGUUAAAAGCUGCUCGUGUGGAGGUAUCAUCGUUCCAUCACUGUGUUCAAGCUUCAGAGCCCAGUGGUGAUAAGCAAUCUCUCAUAUUUCAACCACCAAUAGGAAAUUUUGUUUUGAUGCACUAUCAAGCUCCAUGCAACAACGAUCCACCUGUUAAAGGAUUCUACCAGUUGUCUAUGGUAUCUGAGAACGAAGGUGCUUUUCUAUUUAAGCUAAGAUUGAUGGAGGCUUACAAGUCUCCGUUUCUUAUGGAAUUUUGCACGGUGACAAUGCCAUUUCCUCGAAGAAGAGUUGCAUCAUAUGAUGGAAAUCCAUCAGUUGGGAUGGUUUCAAUGACAGAACAUUCAAUCGAGUGGAGAAUUGUUUCAAGUGGCAGGGGCCUCAGUGGUAGGAGCAUUGAGGCCACCUUUUCUGGUACUGUUAGAUUUCAUUCUAAAACAACCCAGCGAGUAAAUUCAUUGUUUCAGUCAGUUUCAACCACAGCAUAUACUGAAGAUAGUGAUUGUGAGCAAGAUAACACUAAGAAUAGUUCUAACUUGGAUGACUACCUCAUGGAAAAAAUGAACAAGGACCUUCCAGCAGUUGACUUGGAGGAGCCAUUGUCUUGGCAUGCUUAUAAUUAUGCUAAGGUUUCUUUUAAGAUAGUUGGUGGCACGUUGUCUGGACUUAUAAUCGAUCCAAGAUCUGUAACCAUUUACCCUUCUGUUAAAGCUCCAGUAGAAUAUUCAAUGCAGGCCUCUUCUGGAGACUACAUAUUAUGGAAUACCUUAGGAAAAUGUCCUACCACAGCCUUGCCGAAGGAAUCAUGAUCGCCAGUGUUCAUCUCUAGGCACAGUCCUCCAUGGUUUUUUGGUCUUACCAGGGCUGUCCUGGAAGUUUUGUUUUAGUUCUUGUUGAGGAAAUAGUGCUUCGAGUGGGAAACAACAAAUCUGUACAUCUUUUUUGUCAGACUGUUUGAUAAGCCGAGCUUAGAUUUCAUGGCUCUAUGCGAUCUCUGGUCCAUGUCUCAUUAGCAA